ACCAUUAAACCUCUCUCUCUCUCUCUCUCAAUCUCUUAGUGAAGUUUCUCAAGUGCAACUAUACUACCCAUAAAAUGUCUAUCAUCACAAAGCUCUCUCCACUUGCUCUCCUUCUACUAGGAGUCUGCAUAAUAAUAACCAGUGGACUCCCGAUGAAACGAAGCACAGCUCCAGUUUGCAAUGGAGGCAAAGGAGCCCUCAACCAGUACAUACUGAAGUCAUUCCAGUCAUUCUCUGCAGCAAGGAAGAGCAAAAACUGCACCAAGCUACUAGAGGACAACCCAGACCUUAAUGAGUACUAUUGUCAGUGCAAUGCCAUCACCGGGCUUGUAAAUAAACUUGAUACAACUAUACCAGUUGAGGAAGAAGAGACACCAGCUACACCACCUGAGGAAGAAGAGACACCAGCUACACCACCUGAGGAAGAAGAGACACCAGCUACACCACCUGAGGAAGAAAUAGGAUCAAGUAUACUACCUGGGGAAGGAGAGGAGUCCAAUAGUACAACCCCAAGCAAUAGCAAUGCAGUCUCCAGCAGCAGCAGCACAACCUCAAGCAAUAGCAGCCUAAUCUCCAGCAACAGUACAUUCAGUGAUACAGCAGAGAAGGGUGAGUACAAGGAACUCAGAGGAUGCUGGUCAACUUUCGAAACAAACGUUGAGGAAGGAAAAAAGAAGAUCCUUGGAGGCGACUUCAGCAUGUACAAGCUACCAAAGCAAGAUCAGAAGGAACUCAUCGUAAAACUCUUUGAUAAAGACAGCAAUGUCAUAUCAGAGAGGUCCUUGUCAUCAGAUGUAAAGGGUGGGUGGGUAUCUUUACACAUCAAUAGCUACGCUGCUAGUUUACCAUACGGUGAGAUCAAAGAAAGAAUACUGGUAACUGUAGCAGAAGAAGAAGGAGGCAACUAUUUGACAUGCGAUGAGGUGCAGCAAUACUUCAUCAUGACAUGCUCGGCUAGUAUUAGCCUUCCCACUCCAUCUUCCAUUCCCUCGUACUUCAACCUGGAACCAAUGACGACGCUCUUGACAAAAAAGACCUCGUCCUCGCUCCUUGAUCGACUGAGAGGAAAAAAGAGACGAGAAGUUGAUGGAACAGACAAAUGCGUCAUGACGGAGAAUAAGGUCCAGCUUGCUGAUAUCUCUCCUGUUGAAAAAGGUCACACUCUUGUAGCUGAAGAUGGAGAGAUGAUUGACAUUGGGCACUGUGUCUCUAAAGGCGAUACUAAAGUUCCUUGCAGGCCAAAAGGUGUUAUGAGUCAUCAUUAUAUAACACAAGACAGAAGCGGAAAGUAUCUUAUGCAGGAGGUUGCAAGGCUCAUCGCAACAGAAUGCUAAAUCUCUCAAUCAUCAGAAAAUGUAU